ACUUAUUGGCCAUUAAAGGCUGGGAUGUCUCGUACAAUAUAUAAUAGGCACGCAGAUCUUGAGGAAAUUAAAACCCCAGUUGCAAGAAACCCCAAAGUUUAAGGAAUAUCUGAAUAUGUUAUUCGCCAAAACUUUCUCCGAAACGUGCCAAAUGUGCAAAAAGGUCGCGUGCGGAAGUCAAAAACUUCGAGAAAUCGUUGUUGUACCUAUUGACCGCAUAGUAUUUGACUAAAAAUUCACACACGAAUUAAAUCUUUGUUCCUUGGUUGUAAUUAACUAAGAUUUCUAUUUUUUUAAGUUUGUAGUAUACUUUGAAAAAAUUCAAAAGGUAGUUUAAGACUCGGAGACACUAAUUGGCAGGCUGUUACCGUUACGCAACGGUCAAGCACAGUAAUUAACCUACGCGUUAAAUACGCGAUAUGGUAAACACUUUUCACCUUCACCAGCAAUUACUUAAACAAAUUGCGGGUCCAUUGCAACGCUGCUCCCAUUUAAAAUAGCCCAAAUAAUGUGGGACGAGUUUGCGUUUGUCUUGUCGCUCGACAAUUAUACAAAUUUAAAAAUAUGCACGUUAAUUGCGAAUUCCUGUUUUGCGAAUUUUUGCUAAUUUAUUCCACUUGUGUCCGCUCGUUCGGUAUGACUGUCAAACCUAGGCAAUAGGUAACAGAUCGGUCGAAAUGGAUUACGAUGGCGCAAAUCACGUUGUAAUCAAUGACUAUAGGAAUCCGCAAUGGUGGGACAGGCGCACAAAUUUGGAGAGAAGAAUUAUGGUGGUAUCGAUAGUGUUGUUUAUUCUUGCUGUCGCCUUAGUCCUGGGUAUUACAAUAAUUUUGCUAUUACAGCAGGACACUGAGUUCUAUCCUUACUCGUACGAGGGUGAAAUGGACUUCUUCCAAGAACGGCCAACCGUUCUAAGAGAAACCGAUUCCGUGUGUUUGGCACCUGGAUGUAUUCACGCUGCUUCAAUGAUACUAAAGAACAUGGAUCGCUCCGUGGAUCCCUGCGACGAUUUCUACCACUUCGCAUGUGGUGGUUUUCUAAACCAAACCAGUGUUUCGGGUGGAGACUCUUACGUGGAUCCAUUCACCAUCGCAAAUCAAGAGCUCCAAGAACAGCUAAGGGCAGUCAUAGAGGAACCUCUCAAACGUAGACACGAAAAACCUUUCAGCCUACUAAAAAGACUGUACGACAUAUGCAUGGACACUACCUCCGCCGAAACGCAUAGUCUCCAGCUGAUUCAAAACCUUCUACAAAGUUUAGGGGGUUGGCCAGUUUUGGACCAAGAAAGUUGGAAUGAGCAGUACUUCGAUUGGAAAGAUUCCAUCUACAAAUUUCGGCGUGCAGGUUACGACGUUAACAGCUUUUUGACAAUCGAAAUCGUUGCCGACCAGACGAAUGCCUCCAGAAACAUUUUUAUUAUCGAUCGAGCCCAAUUAGGAGCGGAAGAACAGCUGUUACUUCGAGGCCCUGACGAUGAAAAAGCUGGUGCAUAUUUUUCGUAUAUGGUGGAUGUCUCCUUGCAGUUUGGCGCAAAUUUGACUUUCGCGGGCAGUGAACUGAGAUCGACUUUUGAGUUUGAAAUCGCACUUGCAAAGAUUUCAAACAUUUUGGGAGCCGAGCCUGGACUACACCAAACGAUUAGUAUAGCAGAAUUGCAGCGGAGGUACCCGAGCUUUAACUGGAUCGAGUACAUCAACGGGGUGGUAGACGCGGUUGAUUACACUGUCUUGUUGGAUGAUCAAGUAAUUAUACGUUCGCCUUUUUACCUCACGGAACUAGAGAAUCUCCUACAAUGGACCUCCAAGCGGGUUUUAGCAAACUACAUGAUGUGGAGGGCUGUGAAGUCUUCCGUACAGUUCCUGACUGAGUCACUUCGGAACAGAAGGUUCGAUUACUUCCAAGAAGCGUUUGGCAUCACCGAUCGUAUGCCUAGGUGGAAAGAGUGCGUCAACGUGGUCACGAAGGGAAUUCCGUUUGCGGUGGGAGUGUUGUACGUUCAAAGAUACGUUGACGAAGACACAAAGGAAGUCAUAUAUGAAAUGGUUGCCAGUAUACGAAGUCAAUUCAUGGAAAUGAUAAAAUUAGUCGACUGGAUGGAUGAUGUUACCAAAAUGAACGCGUUAGACAAAGCCGAUUCGCUCACCGUUCACACUGCGUACUCUGAUGAAUUUCUGUCAGUGAAGCGCCUCGAACAGUAUUAUGCCGAGCUAGAAUUCCCCCGAGAAAAUUACUUGGCCUGCAUUCUAACCCUAAACCUUUUCGAAAGGGAUAAAUACUUCCAAAGACUUCGUUGGGCACAACCUCAAGAUAAUCGCGAAGAGGAUUUAUACACAAAUGUGGUUCAUCCAUUCUAUGAGGCAAAUCGCAACAUUCUAAAUAUCCCCAGUGGAAUACUGCAGGGAAACUUCUUUGGCGCCGACAAACCGCAGUGCUUGAACUACGGAUCUUUGGGCUAUCUAAUCGGGCACGAAAUAGCCCACAGCAUCGACAGCACAGCCCGACAUUUUGAUAAAAACGGUAAAGUAGUCGAAUGGUGGACGGAACACACGAAAAGGGCGUACAAACAGAAAAUCCACUGUAUCAGUCGAAGCCAUAAAUUUAGCCAGACAUCUCCCGAACUUCAAUCCUUGCAGUCGGACGAAGAAGCACGCGAAUGUAACGUAGCGGAUGGCGCCGGGCUUAAAGCGGCAUACUUAGCCUACCACGUGUGGGUGGAACGUUUCGGUCACGAAUACCAAAUACCCAGCUUGAACUUUUUCUCGCCACUACAACUGUUCUGGAUAUCGGCGGCCCAAACCCAGUGCACUAAAUACACGCAGGAGUUUAUUAGAGAUGAAGGAUACGUCGCACCGUUCACUCCGGCGUACUUUCAAAUUUUAAAUUCAUUUGCUAACAACGAAUUUUUUGCGAGAGAUUUUCGUUGUCCGAUAGGUAGCACUAUGUAUCCUGCCAAUAGGUGCAAGAUAUGGUGAAUUGACGUCUAUUAAUAUUAUAGUCACAUACUAGUUUGUAAUCUCUCUAUUACGAUUUAAGAUCACAACUUAAGUACGAAUGUAAUUUUUUAUCACUGAAGUAGAAAAAGUAAAAGUAGGUUCUUCUUUAACAAGA